UUGGUCUUCUGAUAGGCGCGACGGUCACACUAAUGCACCAAAAUACAAAUUUUAUUAUUUAUUUUGUGCUAUAAACGUGAUUGACCAAUGAAGCAUCUCCUGGAGGACCCGUUGGUCCUGGGCGACUUGCAGCCGCUGUCGGAAAAGUCCGGUAUUGCCGAGGAUCGGCAGGAAGGGGCCAGGACUCCUGCAGCUAACUCCCCGCCCCUUGAGGGACUGCCCGAUUCUGCGGAGGAUUCGCAACGAGAGAAGGACACUCUCUGCAAGUUGGCCUGCAGCCUGCACAAGCUGUCCAAGGAAGAUCACAUAGUCAUCGAUCGAAAGCGCAACCAGGUGAUUCGCACGGAUGCAGUGACCCAACAGAUGACCAUUUACCGCUGUCCGGAUCCCAGUGGCAUGGGAAUUCGUCCGCCCAUGGCGAAACAUGUCCACAAUCCGCCGCCCAAGGUAGGAAGACCCCUAAAAAGAGCCAGCUCAAUGGCUGCCACAGCUCCUGCUCCCAAAAAGCAGCCACCGGCGGUAGAGGAACCUAUUCCUGAGCCACACCGCACUCGUUCCGGUCGCCAGGUGCGCAGCUCCAUGCCCCAGCCCGCUCCCGUGGUCAGUGGUCCCGCCGUGGAGCCGAGCUCUGCACAGAUAUUCGAGAUGCUGGUGGCAGAUUUGCGGGACAAGGAUUACCGGGCACCCAUGCCCGAGCCGAAGACUAACUGCAGCAGCGAAGAGCCUAUCACAACGCCCACUACGCGAGCCGUGCCCAAGAAUGCCAUUUGCCCCGGGUGUGGGAAGAUCUUUCUGGGUCGCCGACUGCAGCGUCACUUUGUCAAAUUUCCGGAGCACAUGCCGCGCCUUGGAGAGCAGCCGCCAGUUGUUGCAGCAGGAGCGCCUCCCAGCUCAACGCCUUCGCUAUUUGGCCUCCUAACCGCACAACUGCAGCGGCAUUCGCAUCUCAGCGAGGAGCAGCGCUCCGAUCUCUUCCUAAACGAACUGAACGACUUUGUGGAGCAGCUCCAGCUGCGUAGCCAGCGGCUCAUACGGAAUACCUCAGGAUUGCACUUCGUAAAUGCUCGGGUUGCACGAGUUCUGGGCAUACCCGAGGGUCAGUAUGCACUGGAUAUGUCUGCCAUGGAAUCGCCGCAGGCUCCCAUGCCGGAGCCAGAGGGUGGAGCCUUGGUUGCCGGUGGCGUCGGCGGAGGAGCCCGUAAUCUGGUGGUCUACGCCGAGCUUAGCAUGUCGCUGGACGAUCCGCUCACAGACGAGGCUGCGCAGCGACUGAACCUGUCCGCGGGCGGGCAGCUUCAUCCGCCGUCGGAGGAGAGCCUACUCAGGAAUGUCAGCGAUCUUAUGCAGCCUCCGGUGGCAGCUGCUCCUCCGACCGUGAACCAUGGCUACGAUCAUGCGAGCGACAAUGCCGUGGAGGCCCUAACCAUGAAGGAAACGCCCAACGCUGAAGCCAUUCUAGAUCUCAACGUCGAUUUCUUCCAGUUCAAUCCUAAUUAGUUAUGGCCUUAUGGUUAUCCAAGAUCUGUAAAAAGAUUGAACAGCAAUCUACAAUUUCUUGUUUACACUGAAAAAGAUAAUGUUAAUGUGUGCAAACUGGAUUUUUAGUUCCUAACGCUAGAAUCAAUUAUAAAUAUAUAAUUUUUAGUUUUAAAACUUGAAAGAGGUAAUGAAGUUAAUAUUUUCGAAGUAUCAGGAAAGUGUAUAUAAUAUGUAGUGAUAUACAAAACUAAAAAUUCGAAUUUUCUUGUUCACAUAUAUAUAUGUGUAUAUGUAAAAGAAUAUUUGAACUCCCUGAAUUUUUAAAGAAAAUGGAAAUGUAUGAUGUAAAUAUACAAAUAAGAUGGUAAAUUUUAUGGUUUUUAGGUUUACUAAAGCUUAAAAUUCAGAAUUUUUAAUUGAAUGAAAGUAAUUUAAUGCUUGUAUAUUAUUUUCACGUUUGAUUUGCCAAAUGAAAGUAGUCGGAAUUCUGAAUUAUGUUUCUCUUAAUGAAUGAACUUUUGAAGAGUUUUAAACUGACUUAUGUAAAUACAUAAAUAAGAGAUGAAUUACUUUUAAGAUAUAUUUUGUAAUACUCCUGAAGAUGGAGAUUGAAACUGUAUGCAUUACUUAAAGGCCCACUCAUCAAUGAGAAUGAAAAUAUCUUGCGAUAAAUCGGGCCAUGUUAGCGGACGAGGGUCAAUAUAGCCUGGUUGAUUGAAAUUAUUUAUGAAGUACUUAAGAGCCGCACGAAAGAUGUCCAUUAAAUAAAUUUUUGCCACAAUGAGUUUCGAAA